UCAAUAAAUAAAGUUAUAACCAAGAAAAAUGGAUAAGAAGGAUGAUGAGAAAAAGGAGGAGGAUCCGCGAUUGGAAUAUAUGUUUAAUUAUCUGACGUAUUCGAGAAAAUUAAAAGCCGACAGAUGGGCGAAAAUGUUAUCCAAUGCGGAUUUCAAGGAUUUAAUCACGAAGUUCUUUGGAACUGCAUCGGAGAUGGUCCUUGUGUUGCAACUGACACCCGCCGGUGUCUUAGUACCCUAUCUCGAAAUAACGCAAUCUAAGAGAAAGCAGACGUACUUCUUGAAGAGGAAGCCCCAAAAGGUCACUGAGGAUAACUACAAAGAUUUGUUGAUACCAGGUGACAUGGCACCGAAUCCGAUCGAGGAACUGGCGGUGCUUGUAGAAGAUGCAUACGUACCUAUUUUAUCUAAUCCAAAAAAUCACGUUGGGUGGCCGGAAGUUGUUCGGAAAGAUGUUAAGAAACAAGUAUACGACCUUCGAAGUCUAAUAUGGCAGGUACAAAGAUAUUUAUUUAAAAAAUAG